UUAACAAGAGGCGUGACAGAAGCGAUAAUGAGGAAAUGCGAUUUAAAAAUGGGAUAAAGGCGGCGAGCAUGAACGUGAUCGCGAGUUGAAUUGAAGACAGCUUCAGAAUCAGAUCUGGUGUGGUGUGGUGGCUGUUACUGUAAGCACUUAGCAGCGAUGGCCAAAGCGUCGAUAUUCAUUUACAUACUCGUCGCAGCGGCGCUUCUCUUAUUCCUCUCUCAUUCCCCGGAUAAGCACUCCGGCCACCGCCACCGCCGCCUCAAGCUCCGCUCCAACUUCACCCUCGCCCCCUCGCGCCACCACGCCGUCGCCUUCGACCCUCUCGUCGCUGAGCUCGAGCGCCACCGCGAGGACAAGGAGUGGGAGAAGCAGAUAAUCCACCAGGCCCAUCCCGAACUGGAGUCGGACCCGGCCCCGGCCCACGAGUCCCAGCCCGAGUGGGAGGACUUCAUGGACGCCGAGGAUUACCUCAAUGACGAGGACAAGUUUAAUGUUACCAACAGGUUGAUACUCUUGUUCCCGAAGAUCGAUGUGGACCCCACCGAUUGGUUCGUGACGGAGCACGAGUUGACUCAGUGGAACCUCCAGCAGGCCCAGCGCGAGGUCCUGCAUCGCACGCAGAGGGAGAUGGAGCUUCACGAUAAGAACCACGAUGGCUUCGUUUCCUUCUCCGAGUACGAUCCUCCCAGUUGGGUUCAAAAUGCAGAUAAUGAGUCUUUCGGUUAUGAUAUGGGUUGGUGGAAAGAAGAGCAUUUUAAUGCAUCGGAUGCUGAUGGAGAUGGUGUUCUAAACUUAACUGAAUUCAAUGACUUUCUGCACCCUGCUGACAGCAAAAACCCUAAGCUUCUUCAGUGGUUGUGCAAGGAGGAAGUCAGGGAAAGAGAUACCGACAGAGAUGAGAAGGUCAACUUUAAAGAAUUUUUCCAUGGGCUAUUUGAUUUGGUAAGGAACUAUGAUGAAGAAAGUCACAAUGACACAGAUAAUUCAAUGGAUGCUCCAGCUAGAGGGUUGUUUGCUCAGCUUGACAAGGAUGGGGACGGGUACUUGUCUGAUGUUGAACUACUGCCCAUAAUUGGCAAACUCCAUCCAUCUGAGCAGUAUUAUGCAAAACAACAAGCAGAUUAUAUCAUUUCACAGGUGAUUACAGUUACCAACUUACAAUCCCCUUGCUGACUUACAACUCCCUCACUAACUGUGAGUGAAUCAUUGAUUCUGGCCUAUGUGGGCCUCUCCUACUUUACAUCCUAGUAAUUGGUGAAUAUCUAUUAGCUUACUUUGCCAGAGUGCCUUGAGACAAAAGUUUGAAAUAAAUAUUGCUAGAUAUUUUCAGUACUCAAUGUAUCUGAAGUUAUAAUUUGAUAUAAUUGAUAAAGCUGAUAAAUUUUCUGUAGCUUGAUAGUUCUGAGGGCAAUUCUUCAUUGUUCUAUCUUUGGUGUUAAACUUAAAAUGUCACUUCUUUCUGAGAUCAAUAAUAAAUCAAUAAUUUCUCUCACUAUAGCCAUGUAAAUUGAUAGCUGCACACUGCACUUUAUGUGGUAUUUAUUGGUGAUAGCAUGCUGGCAGCUGCUUCUUAGUCACUAAAGAUUCUUUUUUUGUUCAAUAAAUAUUUUAGCUUGUAAUUGAUAAUUGUACUUUCUUUUCGAUCUCUUUAAAAUCAAAAUCAUUCAUUAAUGAGUUCCCAUUCUUUCUGGAUAAGAAUAAUUGAAAUUUAUUUUGUCUGCAAUUCUUUGUCUGCUUGUUUUCAUUAUUAUUAUAGCUUCUUGGGGGACUUCAUUAUUAAGUAAAUAAAUUUUAUCAUCCAUUUUUCCUCUCCAUUUUCCAGUUUUAGUUGUUGAAAAUGCACAUUUAGCAUUUGCUUAUGGUCAAAUAAUGUCUCUUUUCUGAUAUACUCAGUGCAUAAAUCACUACAGCCAGAUUUAUCUCCACUUCUUGCUUCUAUUAAAACUUUGUUUUAGUAAAUAUGUACUGGUUUAUGACUUAUGAGAGAGGAAGGGAAAGAGCAUUUUUUUUCCCAUGGUGGGAGAGCUAGGGGUGCAUAUAUUCUAUUUAACAAUGUAAAGUAUUACUAUAUGUUAACAAUCUUUCCCUUCUAUACUGUUUUAAGAGGGAGGAAGGGGAUGGUUUUGUUUUGUUUUCUUUGGUGGGAAAGCUGAGGUGCGUAUCUUCUAUUUAACAAUCUGGAAUUCUGAAGUAUUAAGUAUUAUAUGUUAACAAGUCUCUGUUUUUUUUUUCUUUCUUUUUUCUUUUUGAGGGGUUAUAUCCAUCGUGCUUGAUUUACAUGUUAAGAUCUUUCAACUAGAUGCUACCUUCGGAUUAAUUUUUCUUGACGAUGGCCUCAGCAUGCACUUCUUCAUCUGUUGCGUUACAUCUCAUUAAACAUCGUAAUAAUGUUAUGAGAAACAGUUACUGACAAAGAUGGCUCAAUACGCACUCCCAACACCUGUUGCAUAACAUCAUGCAUUUAUUUCAUCAGUAACAAUUGUAUGAAGCCUUGAAAUAAUGC